AUGCCGGAGGGCACGGUGGUGGCGGCGACGGUCUUUGAGCCAUCGUCGGUAAGGGAGCACGGCUGUGGAGGCCGGGCUGAGGUGGUGAUCCCCAACCGGGAGGUCGUGGAGGUGGAGGAUGACACCCCGCCGCGGGCCGACGUGGUCGAGCGAGCGGGGACUGAUGGGGGUGGAGGCGGCGUCGUUUUGGAAGAGACGCUGCGGGCAGCGGUGUCGGAGGUGCCGCCGGUUUUGGAGGAGGCACCGCGGGCGGCGGUGCAGGAGGCCACCCCGGCAGCUGGCCCAGAGACGGCGACGCAGGGCGUCCCGGCACCCGGGUCGUCGUCGACGCUGGGAGGGGCGUCGGAGGAGGUGCUGGUCGCGUCGCGAGCGGCCAGCGGGGAGUACGCCUUGACCCAGGAGGAGGCGGCGCUGUACGCCGUCAGUCGCCGCCUGGGAGGCCGGACGGAACGGCUCGAGGCCUUCGCCCAGGCCGAGGUGGAGCGGACACGCGACCUGGAGCGCGCCAUUCUGAAUCGUCUCCUGAGCAAGCACCGGGAGCUCAGGGAGCAGCUUGCCGCCAAGGAGGAGGAGCUGCGCAUCGCCGCAGCCGAGGUGAUGUCCUGGCGGACUCGUCUGCUCCGGGCCGGUCAUCACUACGACCGGCUCGUUGCCGACACCGGCCGUCUUGGCGUCGAGGCGGCGCAGGCGAGGGCGAAGGCGGCCGCGGCUCGGCGGUCUCUCGACGAGGCCAACCGGCUGCAUGAGCAGCUCGCGGGUCACAAGAGCCGCCUCAAGGCCGAGGUGGAGCUCCUUAGGGCAGAAGCCGCCAAGGUGGCAGAGGCACAGCAGGCCCUGGUGGAGGCGGACCUGCAGCGCAGCCAGCUGGCCGACGACAAGGGCUGGCUCCAGGCCGAGGUGGAUCGCCUGCGGGGGCAGGUCACCACGGCUGAGGGGGCCCGUCAGGACAAGGCCCUUCGCCGCGAGGCGGCCGAGAAGGCUGCCGAAGACAAGGACGCCGAGCUGAAGGCGGCCCUUGCCAAGGCGGCCGAUCUGGAGAAGGCGCUCGAGGAGCGCGACCACACCAUCGAGCGGGAGCGGUGUGGUACGUUGCUUGAGGCGCAGCACCUGGAAGAGUCCUUCUCCAGGGCCUUCCCAGAGACGCAGCGGCUGGUGGAGGAAGCCGUCCGCUAUUAG